AUGCAGGGGAAAAUGAUGGGUCUUUCUCGUCUUGGUGCUACGGCCGCUAUCAUCGCGUCGUCGCCGUCGUCCCCGCUGCUUCAGCAACUCCGUGGUGCACGCUACGCCAACAUCCAGGAGACCCUGAAGCCCAUCCCUGGUCAGACUGCAGGCCAGAUCUCUAUCUUGAACGAGAUAUGCUGCAACCCAGAUGCGGAGGAGGAGCGACGCAAGCCCGUCUUCCGUGCGGAGGUGAUGCCCGAUGCGACCACCGCGGCAGACGACAACUACCUGCGCACAAUGUACAAGUGGGGCUACGACUCGCUGACGCUCUUCAAGAAGACAAACGAAGAUCCUGGUCCGUGGUGGAACGCGAACGCCAGCACACUGGUAUCAAACUGGUCGCAGGUUGGUGAUUACGCGAAUGCCGGUAUGUGGUCUGGCGUGUGGCGCUACACGUACGGCAUCGGCGAGUAUAACCUGCGCCCCUACGAGCUGCGUGGACGUGCGUGGGGCAGCAGGGACCCCAAGACUGGCGCCGUCGUGAUCCGCUACGGCAAGCGCAGUACCAGCAAGCCACUGCAGAGGCUGUGCUUCCCGCACACGAAGGAGCAUGAGCAACACCACCGCAUUAAAAACCCGACGAACAUAGGCGUGACAGCGAUCUCCGCCCUGCACGGCAAGCGCAUUCUGCGCGAACUGCAGUACCACCUUGGCCAAGGCCUUCGCUUCUACCUGGUGGACGGCGUCUUUGGGAGCGACUCACCUACCGCUACGCCGUACCGGAUCAUCACGGACAACCCAACGCACGCCUACUUCGCCUCCAUGGCGGCAAUUCGGGCCUUCAACUACGUGGCGCGGCAGGAGGUGACGCUUGUGAAGCGGCUAUCGCAGUCGCCGAUCGACGAGUGGGGAUGGCGCCGCCCUGGCGUGCUCAUUUACCAUGCCCCCUCCUACGACUUUGAGAGCCCGCGCAUUGUCGAGGAGUUUGGCGGGCCGCGGCCGAAGGACAUGGGCCUCAGUCACAACCGCUUCAUCGCGACAGAGCCGUACAGUAUUCCCAUGAAGUGUGCCAUGGGCGGCGAGCCCAGCUGCGACGCACUCCUAGACAGCACCGCAAUGUUGUGCGGUCGCUGGGGUUUCUACGCCGACGAGAAAGGCUACCUCACGGUCCCCGGCGAGUCGAUCAUAUCGAAGGAUGGGCGUUCGCUGACGCUGGUGAUCACCUGCACCGAGGCCGAGGCCGACGUACUGCGCACGUCACCGCGACUCUACGGUAGUCGGCACCACCGCAUCGCCGACGGCACUGUGUCCCGUGCGUGGGAUGUCGUCUCGAUGCCGGCGUCCGCCGCUGGCGCAAAGCCGUUGCCGACUGAUAUCGUGGAGCAGGACCUGCAGCGGGUGCAGCGCAGCUUGCCGACGCGCAUGAACCUCCCGCACACCCUCUCGCACCGCCACCACGGCCGCCGCCACGUCAGUGAGUACGGCUUCAAGUGGCCACACAACUACACGGAAGAUGCUGCCACGAAGGCGUACGCCGGUGGGCAUCUGUUCAAAGCACCGAAGUCCGACAAGCUCGCCGGCCAUCAGCCGCGUCCGUCGAGGUUUGCCAUGAGCGAUGUCGAUGUGGUCAUCAUUGGGGAGGGAACCGACGCCGCCGCUGCUAUUGUGAGCGCGCUCAUGGACCGCGGCCUGCUCUACGCUGAGGAAGCACCGCUGAAGGACGCAAUGGCGACGGCGCUGAAAGCGGCGAAGAGCGUGAAAGUUGUGCCCCGUGGAAAUGCAAAGUCUGUGUUAGAGAAGCUGACGCAUGCUUAG